ACGUUGUUGAUUGUUGUCAGCAACCAACGUACACAAUCCAACAUCCAGGAACUGUCGCGUGCCAGACCAGUCUAUUCACAGCAGAACAUCAUCUUUAUCCACGAACGCGGUGUCGCGGUCUUUAUAAGACCUGCCGCUGCCGCCGCCGCCGCUCAAAUCAAUCAUCUCUGUUGUCGUCAUGAAUCUCGGAGACGGCCUGUUGUUUGAAUUUGAAAAUGGAAAACCCAAGUUGAUUGUCCUCAGUCAUGGUGUUGAAAAGAAUCCAGCAAAGCAGCUGCUCUUCAGGCCCAGAGCAGCUAAUAACAUCCUGAGCUCCAGGCAGCUCUCUUCUUGUCUGGAGGAGGUGCAGGGAGUGGAGCGUCCAACCCAGCAGCAGCUUGGGAGAUGCAAAGAGGCCAGGAGCAAGACAGUAGGGACAGCGGCCUCCUCUUUGUCCAACACCAGCACCACUAAUGAGAGGAGCACUCCUUUGACAUCAUCCAAGACACAUGGACAUCACAAUGGGGCUGGCAUCAAAGCAGUGACCAAGGUGAACUCACACAGACACAAACAAGGCUCCACGGUUGGAUCCUUGAGGGCCAGCGGGAAAACAGCAAAGCCUCAGAACGGUGGGGCGCGAGCUGGUGGAAAGGGACAUAAGGAUAAACUGGCUGGUGGGGAUGCAGGACAGAAGGACAGUGUGGUGGUUCUGACAAAUGAGCAACUACAGCAGAUCCUCAACACCGUCCAGACGUCAAGCACUGGCCAACCACCACCAGAGGAGCACAACAUGCAGGGUAGUGGCAGUGGUGAUCGCAAACAGUGCUCACAAUCUGGCACCUCACUGAAUGAAGGGGGAGGAGGAGGAGGAGGGGAGAUGAAGGAGGAAGACAGAGGAGGAGGGAAAGUACUGAACAGGUUAGAAGGUGAUGGAGGAGUAAUUAAUACAACUGGAACAUCUCAGGACAAAGACAACAGGUUGUCUGGGUGUUUCUUCAGCUGGCUGGAGGGGCGACAAUCAGACAGCAGAUUAGCCACUGAUACCAAGAAAGCUCAGUGGAGGAGAGAACUUGAUGAGCAGGUCGCACUGAAACAGCAGCAGCAGCAGCAGCGUUUCAUUCCUGACAGACCUCAGACUGGGGAAGACAGAGAAAGUGUGUUAUCGCAUCACAGCUCCACCAAACACAGAGAACAGCCUGCAGCCAUCAGAUCCAGCCUCAAACUCGGGGACAUCACACCAGUGGAGGAAGUGAUGAGUGUUGACAGGAGAGAGGAGCAAAGGAGAUGUUGGCUUGAGGAGCUGGACAGACAGAGAGAGGAAACGGCUGAACGCAGGAGACGAGAGAAACUGCUCCAGAGCCAGACAGAAGACCAUGACCUCUGGACUACACACUUUGACUCGCUGCAGAGGCGGCCUCCUGUCCACACCACAGCUCCUCCAUCAGCUCCACCUCCAGCUCCAUCCAUUGGAUCUGAGCGAGGGGAGUGGGAGCCUUCAUCCAGCCUGUCCUUAGUCUGGGACGCCACAAGCAGCUGUGGAGCAGAGAGUGUGGAUCUGACCAACAGGUUCCCGAGUAGAGCCAGCUACCUGAGGACCAUGACUGCCCUUUUGGACCCCGCCCAGAUAGAGGAAAGAGAGAGGAAGAGGCUCAAACAGCUCGAGCAGCAGCGAGCAAUUGAAGCCCAGGUGGAGGAGCGCCGGCAGCAGAGGGAGAGAGAGCAGAUGAGGAGGAGAGAGGAGGAGGACAGGGAUGCAAGGAGGGUGGCUGCGGAGAGGGAGAUGCUACAGAGACAGUACAAGUUGGAGAGUCAGAAGGUCAGAGAUACUGAGCCACCGAGUCAGCAGGCUGAGGAGCCAAAGAAAGUUCACAAUCAGAUGCUGGAACCCAACAUUCCCAGUCAUUUGGAGCAGAGUGUUAGCAGUUCACUGCCCCCAUACAGAGACACUGCUGUACAGACAGAUGCUCCUUCUGUCCCAGUCACAGACGCACAGAGGGUUCAGACUCCUGACGUCUCUGCACAGUACCAGGCACCUGUUACUCCUCCAAACAGCAGGAACCCUGCAGUGAGGACAGGCAAGGAGAACAUCUGUUUGCCAGAAGAAGGAGGAGGAGGAGGGGACCCAUAUGAAGCAUUUGCACGGACAGAGAGGAACAAGAGGGACAAGAGGAGGCCAGAGUGGAACACACAGAAGCCCAGCCGUCGCUUCGUUCCCGCCUCGGAGCGUUACCCAGCUGCUCUGCAGAGGAACAGACAGGAGAGUCGACUGAAGAGGCAGGCCGAGCUCCUUGCCCUGCAGGAGAGGACGUGUCUGUCCAGGACAGAACCUCCUCCUCAGCACCAGGAUCCUCGUCUCUGCUCCAACUUCACGAAGGCUGGAGCUGGACUUAACAAGGAGGAGACUGUUUCCAGAGGACAGAACAUCUCUACUGUCAUCAAUAAUGAAAGACACAGGAUGCAGAGUCGGCAGGCCCCCAACCCUCUUCCUCCACUGGUCCAGGAGUUUGUUCCUUACAUCCGAACUGAUGAAAUCAUCCUGGACCCACUGGAGUCUGCUGAUAAUCCCCCACCACACACAUACACAGAUGCUGCUCCUCUGAGCUCAGCGUCUCCUCCUGCCUCCUCACACCGGGGCUCUCUCCUCCAGCCUGAGCAGCUUUGUAAGACACACACACAGCGGCAGCAGGAGAUCCUCAGAGGCCUGGCUCAGCUACGACAGGGUUUAUUACAAAAGCAGAGAGAGUUGGAGACGGACCUGAACCCUCUAUUGAAGCGCCAUGACAACAAGCUCUAAUCCACCGACCACAACACUGUGAAUUCCCUGGACCAAAGUCAGUUUCUCUUGUAUUGUGGUCAUUAGAGGAUUUUCCUAAACUAGUGAUGAAGGGUGUCUAAAGUAACAAUUUAUAGGUGGACCAAGUGCAGGUCUGAGAUCAAGUCUUUGUGUGAGCUGACAGUGAGUGGAGACCUUCAGUGUCAUUUAACACUGAUUGAAAUUAGACGUUCUAUGUAUGUCAUGGAGGAGUUUAUGGAGAAUAUUAGGAGAACAUACAGAACCAGGACGAACCAAGACUCGCACUGAGAACCAUCUCCACCCACAGGCGAGGAGGGUGGGAGGUAAAAGUAAUUGUGGUAAAAUGUUCACCCUUUAGGUUAGGUUUUGUCUAUUCUAUUCUAUUUUUUAGCUUCCUGCAGGACAUGAAGCUUAAUGAAUCAGAUUAUGUUUUUGUGUUGUUUUUUCCAAGUUUUCGUUUUUUUUCUAAUUUAUUGCAAAUAACAUGAAUGUAUGAGAUCAUUUACAUUUUCUACAACUGUAUUUGGUUUUGGUAUCCAGUAAUUAUACUCAAGACACCACUUGACACCAAGUGAAGGCACCACUAAAGGUUCUAACCACUUUGUGAAUCACAUUUUUGACUAUUUAUAACUUCUUUGUUGCAGUCUGACUCAACAUUUUCAAAAAUCAAAAUAAGUGUAUAUAUCUUGUAUAAAGACAACUGAUUUUGAGUCUGAUUUGACUGAUUUUCUUUUAUUUAUAAAACAUUUCUGACCCGUGUUAUCUCAUGGUGCCAUGUUAAUCCUUGUGAGGCUGAAUAAAGGAAAAACUGAAAUAUUUUAUCUGUAACCUGUAAAGUGAUGUUCAGGUCUCUGUAGAAUUGAGAAUGAACUAGAUUUAAUUAAAAUCGACUUGAAUGAGAAUAUCUCUCA